AUGCAAACAGAAGCAAAUGAUUUCCUCGAGAUGCAGAGAGGUGAUAGACAAGAUGUUAGAGAAGUUUCUGCCGAUUUACACCAGUGCCUAGAAAGAAUUAAAGCAAUGUGUAGCGAUUUUGCUCCAAAUGAUAAUUACCAGCAAUCUGAUGACUCUAGCGAUUCAGAUGUUGUUUGUUUAUAA